GAGGGAAGAGAAAUGACUAAUGAGUUACUGGCAUCCUGCACAUCUUCUGAAUCGUAAUAGAGUAGAGAGAAGAGAGUAGAGUGACACAGUCUCUGUUUCCUAAACAGAACCGUUUUUCUUUUUCCCUAAACCAAUCAAUCUUUACCUCUUUUUUCAUCUCUUCUCACACAAAUAUUUUUUUUUCUUUAUCCUUAUUCUGUAUUCUUCAUCAAUGGAGGAGCCAUUACCACCGGACGAUCUUAGAUGCAAGAGAACCGACGGUCGUCAUUGGCGUUGUAAACGCAAAAUUGUCGAUGGUAAAUCCUUCUGCCUUUCUCAUCUACACCGUUCCCAAAAAAAACGCCCUACUCCUAUCCCUAACCCUAAUCCUCUACCCGACCUCGACCCCAUACCUAAACCCAGAGUUCGGAUCCGACUUAUAGUUAAACCCGAACCACAACCUGAACCCAAGCUCAACCCACCACAACCAGAACCUGAACCCAUUGAUGAAUUCGAGUUCAACCCACCACCAGAACCGGUUCCUAUUCUUCUGGGUACAGUUCCGGAUGAUUUAAGGUGUAGUAAGAAUGAUGGAAAAAGUUGGCGGUGCAAGAAUCAGGCAUUGGAUGGGCAGACGCUUUGUGAGAUUCAUUUGAUUAGGCCCAAAGCCCUAAGCCAAAGACGACCCAGACCCAGACCCAGACCCGGGACCAUUGUAACUCCGGUACCGGAGAAUUUGCGGUGUACGAGGAAUAAUGGGAAGGAUUGGAGGUGUAAGAAUAAAGUAGUGGAAGGGUUUUCCCAUUGUGCAACUCACAUGAAAAGGAAUAAUAACAGUAAGAGAAAGAAGAAAGAGAAACAAAAUGUGUGCGCAAUUGAAGAAGAUUCUAGAAAAGAAGUAGAAGAAGAAUCUCCGGUGCCGGUGGCAGUGCCAGUGCCGAAUAAUCCAAACCAUGGUAAUGAGUGUAGGUCUAAGGAGAGAAUUUUACAUGAGCAGAAUUUUCGUGAGGAUGAUUUUGGGAGUAUGAAAAUUAAGGAUUUAGCUGAUAAAGAGAAAGGUAGUAAGAAGAGAAAGAAGAGUUUGAAUAAUAAGAGUACCCAGGUGGUCUUUAAGGUAGAAAAUGAGUUAGAGGCGGUGGCGAUGGAGGGAGAGAAGAUAAGUCAAAUUUCCCAAGUGACGGUAGCGGUGGAGGGAGAGAAGGAGAAGAUGAGUCGAGUUUCAGAAGUUGCGAUGACGGUGGAGGAAGAAUUGAGGUGUAAGAGAACUGAUGGAAGAGGUUGGAGGUGCAAGAGGAGAGUUUUAGAAGGAAAGACACUAUGUGAGAUACAUUAUGAACAAGGGAGAUUAAGGCAACAGAGGAUAACUGUUCCUGAUGAAUUGAAGAUUUUGAGAGGUGAAGGAAGUGAGAAAGUAGAGAAGAGAUUGAAGAGGAAAAAGGAAAUUGAGACAUUGGAGAAUAAUUCUAAUAAAGGGAUGAAGAGAAUGAAGGCAGAAUUGAUUAGGGGUUUCUUAAGGAGGGAAAUAAUUGAGAGUACAAAAAAGAGUGAAAAACAAAUUGGGGUUGAUUCAGGGGAAGUUACUAGGGAUUUGCCUUAUGGGUCUAUGGCUAUCCCUCCUGUACCUCCUAAUCAAGCUCUUGAUGGUGCUGUUGGGUCUUUAGGGAUUAAAAUCGGAGGGCGUUGUUCGAGUUCUUUGGUUAUGAGGCGUUUUCGUUCUAAGAAUAUUGAGCCUCCUCCUAUUGGCGCUGUUAAGAUUUUGCCUUUCCCUAAGAAGGUUGAUAAAGUGAAGAGUAGGGGAAGAAAGAAAUGCCAUUGGUGUAGGAAGUUUGAUAACUUGUGUUUGAUCAAGUGUAUGAGUUGCAAGAAGCAGUAUUUCUGCUCUAAUUGCAUUAAAGAGAGAUCUGCUGAUCUCGAGGAAGUUAAAUUGAGAUGCCCAAUUUGUCGCAAAUGUUGUCAUUGCAAAAUCUGUUGCACUGCUCGGUCAAAAGAUGUGGGUUCCAAGGUUAACAAUGAGGUUUUGACGGAAAAUUUUUUGGGAGGCAAGUUUCAGCAUUUGCAGUACUUGAUUAAUUUCCUUCUUCCCAUUCUCGUUCAAAUCAACCAGGAGCAGGGUGUUGAGGUAGAGUUAGAGGCAAAAUUUAGAGGGCAGAAUCCCUCUGAUGUUGAGAUUCGACAAGCUGAUGUUGGCUGCAGGGAUCAAUGCUGCUGCAAUAAUUGCAAAAGCCCAAUAUUGGAUUUUCACAGAAGCUGCCCAAAUUGUUCAUAUAACCUUUGCUUAAGUUGCUGUCGAGUAUAUGCUCAAGGUGGGUCUCUUGGGGGUGCUUACCCUAAUGGAGCGAAAAUGCUUUUUCCAUGUCAAAAGUCCUCUAAAACGAAUCUGGAUGUUGCCUCUUCUGCACCUUUACAAGACUCAACAGCUUCUGUUCGUGUAUCAUGUCCACCAAUGGAGCUUGGUGGUUGUGAUAAUAGCCUCCUCGACUUGAGAUGUAUUUUCCCUCUAAAUUGGACCAAGGAACUAGAAAUUAGUGCGGCAGAAACAGUUUCUGAAUAUGACUUCCUACAAAAUACAGAUAAUUCUGUUCAUUGUUCUAUGUGCACCAGCAUCAGUAAGGCGGGUAAUAAAAGUAGUGAAUUGCAGCAAGUUUCUAGACGGAAAGAGUCCAAUGACAACCUCCUGUACUGCCCUUGUGCUUCUGAUAAUCCUAGUUGCAUGCUUGCUCAUUUUCAGAAACAUUGGCGAAAGGGACAUCCUGUGAAGGUUCGUAAUGUGCUUCACUGUGCAUUUGCCUUGAGUUGGGACCCACUCACUAUGUUUUGCAGUUAUCUAGAAAAGGCCUUUGGUAAUUGUAAAAGCGCAGAAGAAUCUAUUGAAGCUACAAGUUGUUCUGGAUCAUACGAUGUUGAAGUUGGUAUCAAGGAGGUAUUCACUGGAUCUAUACAGGAGGGAUAUAUGAAUGUACAUUGCGAAACACUAAAACUGAAGGCAAAAAUCUCAACGGAUUUUUCCCAGAAGCUCUUGGAAGGAUGUUACAGCAAGAUUCUUCAUGCCUUACCUCUUCAAGAAUACACAAAUCCUAGAGUGGGCCUUCUGAAUAUUGCUGGGAAACUGCCAGAGUAUUAUUUGGAUUCUAUACUUGGUCCACAUGUGUGUAUCUCAUGUGGUAGCAGGGAUGAAGUUGCACGCGGUGAAUUGGUGACAAAAUUGUGUUGUAACUCUUUCGAUGAGGUUAAUAUCUUAGUACAUGUGGGUGAUGCAACAUGUUCCUCCGAGCAGCUUAAUAAGAUGAAGAAGUUAAUAAAACGGAAUAUCAAUUUGAAGGACCUAGGAGGUCAGACUUCCAAUAAGAAUCUUGAAGAUGAUGAUACGAGACUGCACAGUGAGGUUUCAGUUGAAGCAGGAGAGAGGCAUGGGAUAGUGGGUGCUUCUUGUUGCUCUGCAGCCGCUAAUGAUGCUUCUGUUAUCAACAUUCGUACGGAUGAUAAAUCUCCACCUGCUAAGUUAGUUAACGGUUCUGAUACUGAUUCUGAUGCUUCAGUGAUUUGUUCCAGGGCUAGUCAUAGUCCUGACAAAGAUGUUGAUCAAAUUCCUCACCAGGACCUUUCGGGGAGUCUUGAUGCUAAUGACAAACAAUCUCUUUCAGAACAUUGCGGGGCUCAGUGGGAUGUCUUCCGCCGACAAGACGUCUCAAAGCUCUUGGAGUACCUUUCAAAGCACGAAAAUGAAAUACGUUUAGGAAGUGGCCUUUCAAAUAAUGUUGUUCAUCCAAUUCUUGAUGGAAGUUUGUAUCUCGACACAGUUCACAAAAUGCAACUCAAACAGGAAUUUGAGAUUGAACCGUGGACGUUCAAUCAAUGCCUUGGAGAAGCUGUGUUCAUUCCUGCAGGAUGCCCUUACCAAAUAAAGCAUAUCAAGUCCUGUGUCAACGUUACGGUGGGAUUUAUCUCCCCUGAAAACGCAUCAGAGUGCAUCAAGUUGAUCAAUGAAAUCCGUGUUCUCCCCAAUAAUCACAAGGCCAAACGAGUGAAGUUAGAGGUGGAGAAGAUGGCGAUAUGCAGCGUAGAUGAAGCAAUCAAGGAAAUAUACAGACUUAAGAGUGAAGAAGGAAUCCGCUGAUGCCAUCAGUAACUAAAGAUUGAGCUGCCUUGGAAAUUAAGAGAAAGGCGAUUUCUUUGAGACCUAUUGUGAUAUUGUUUUGUCUGCCUUUAUGUAGGAGUAGUGGAUUAGGAUUUCGUAUAUAUCAGGCUAUUGAUCCGAUGAUAAAACCAGCUGUAACCUUAUAGUUUGAGGCACUAUGCUGGGUAGCAACGCACAUUUUGGUGCCUGCCUUAAGAGGUUCAAAUGAAUUAGUAAAAUAGGCUGUAUCAUUCUUCAUUUCUUCCUGUAGUGUGAUGUUUCUAGCUGUUCAUAUGGCUUCAAGUUAUAGCUAUUUCAAUCUUGUGCACAGAGAUCAGCCACAUUUGAUGGGUCUUUUAUCUUGCACCGGAUCUACCAGCUUCUUGGUAAUUUGGUAAUCUGGUAUAAGCGAAUGGCUGAAAACCCAGAAUGUGCACGAACUUGGGUGAUGUUUACACAUUUGUGCAUUUGUAUUUGCUAUAUAAUGUAAAUUGAAGUGAGUUUUGAGUUUAAAUCUCACCAGGUAGGGAUAGCAAUGGGUCGUAUUUAGACUGGGUCUAGAGGAUUCCGGAUCCAGAUUUAUUUUCUUAGAAUAGACCCAUAUUAGGAUUCAGAUUUUUGGAUCUAGAUCUUCAAGACCCAGAUUUGGAUCCAUUGAUAUUACAGAUCUAGAAAAUUGUUUUUUCCACGUGUUUGAUUGACUUUUACAUCGUAUUGAGAUUGCAAUAGUUAUUUUGACUAAGAAAUCAAACUCCUCACCAGAAAGCAAUUGACAGAAACACUCAGACACAUUACUUGCUAGGCAACAAACAAUCUACUUAACAAAUAAUAGAAUAAUUUAAUGUUGAUAAUUUUGUGAAAUGAUAUUUCAAUGAAACUGAGUAUUUAAUAUUAAUUGCUAAUCAAUAUAAACCAAAAUCAUCAUUCGAUUUUUUUAAUGUUCUGACAUCUUCUAUGGUUUACGUUAAAAAAAGU